UUUUUGACAUAUUAGUAUAACCACACAUGUUUGUUUACAAACAAAAAAAAAUAUUUUACAGAAAAUAUUAAUUAAGUCAUGUCAGUUCACUUGAGGAAGUUUAUUAGCUCUAAAAUUAAUGAGUUAAAACCUGGAGGCUACAAAAAUAUUAAUGGAUUAUUACAAAUUAGACAUAAUAAAGACAAUUUUGAACUGAAAUUACCAAUCAAAGCAGUUUAUGGAGCAACACAAUUGAUAGAACAACUGACAAUCUUAAGAAAUGAUGAGAUCCAGGAUGUUAAAGUUGAUUCUUCAGAAAUUUCCUUCCUAUUGAACAAUUUAUCUAUUAAAAAUACAUUUAAAAAUCCAACGAAAGUGCUAUUGACUGAUGAUCAAAAGAAAUAUAUAGUAGAAUACAGUUCACCAAACAUUGCAAAACCAUUUCAUAUGGGUCAUUUAAGAAGCACCAUAAUUGGAAAUUUUCUAUCGAAUCUUUUAAAGAGAAUCGACCACAAAGUAAUUCAGAUGAACUAUCUAGGUGAUUAUGGAACACAGUUUGGCUUUCUGAAAGUAGGAAUUGAUAUGGAAAAAUUAACUGAUGAAGAAAUAAUGAAAAAUCCACUUCAGAAUCUAUUAAAAGUGUAUGUUGCUGCAAAUUCCUCCAAAGAUCCAGAAGUAGCUGAAAAGGCUAGACGAAUUUUUGAGAUAAUGGAACUGAAAAAUGAUGAUGAAAUCAUGGAACAGUGGAGAAAAAUUAAGCAAUAUACAUUAGAGGAAUUAAAAGUGAUUUAUGAACGAUUAAAUAUAAAAUAUGAUGUGUAUGAGUUUGAAUCGAUGUAUAGACGUAAAGACAUUGAAGACGUUAUUAAAUUACUGACUGAAAAGAAUAUUCUUGAAAAAGAUCAAGAAGGAAAAAUGAUUGUAAGAAUUGGAGAACGUAGUGUUCCAUUUAUAAAAAGCGAUAGUACGACACUGUACUUGACUAGAGAUGUUGCUGCAUUUUUGAGUAGGAGAAAAAAAUAUAGAAUAGAUAAAACUUUUUAUGUAGUCGAUAAUGGUCAGAAUGAUCAUUUCACAGCAUUUAAAAAUGUUGUGAAUCAAAUGGGUUUGAAUGGCGAUGAAUAUAUUCAGCAUAUAAAGUUUGGGCGUAUUCGAGGUAUGAGUACGAGAAAAGGAAAUGUCGUGUUCCUUAAAGACAUUCUUGAUGAAGCAAAAGAUUUGAUGUUUAAAAAGCAACAGGAAUCAAAAACAACGAAAGUAGAUUUAUCAAAAUGUGGUGAAGGAAUUGCCGAUAUUUUGGGAACAUCAGCAAUUGUAGUGAAUGAUUUAAGGCAAAAAAGACAACGUGACUAUGAAUUUAAUUGGAAUAAAAUUUUGCAGCUUAGCGGUGACUCUGGUGUUAAAUUUCAGUAUACACAUUGCCGUUUAUACAGUUUAGAGCGAGAAAAUAGCAACAUAAAUGAAGGAGAGGAACUAAAUCUUGAACUGAUUAAAGAACUAGAAGCACAAGAGCUUGUUUACUUAAUACUUAAAUACCAAGAGAUAAUUUAUCAUUCGCAUAAUGAAUUAGAGUCAUGUGUUCUCGUGAAAUAUCUAUUUGACUUGUGUAAUUCAGCUAGUCGAGCUUUCAAAACAUUACAUGUAAAAAAUUGUGAAUGUAAAGCUACAGCAUCACAACGAUUGUUGCUUUUUAAUACGACACGAAAAGUAUUAAAAGAUGGUUUAGAUAUUUUAGGAUUAAAAGUCUUGAAUGAAAUGUAAUACACGAUCAAAAACUUGCUCAUUACCUGUAGUUUGUGAUGCAUGGAUGGUUUUACGCGCAUCUUCUAAGACCAAUUUUAAUCCUUCUGGAUUAAAUUAAAACAUCAAUUUUAAUCCCAAGAUUUAUCUUUUCCCCAGGUUUAAAAAUAAAUCGAAAACAAAACCCAAAAUGAAAGUUAUGAUGCAUCGCUGUCGAAAAGAUGCUCGUAGAAAAUUUUAUGCUUCAAGACUAUAAUAAUGAUGAUAUGAAGGUUUUUAUAUUAAAACUCAAACUAAAAUUUGAAACUGUUUGUUUCACGAUGUU